AUGGAAUCGUCCUGCUCGACACCAGGGUCGAGCCGUUCACGUUCAGCGGCAGGCUUACGCCUGCCACUUCACCUACAACAACCAUCAUCCAGUAAUUCAGGUGAGCAAGGUCCAGCCGUUGUCAGCCCCUCAAUACAUAGCGUACGACCUGGUCAAACCUAUGUCACCGUACAAACUCUUACUAAAGAAAACCUGGUGAUUGUCGUUAACCAGAAAACUAAAGUUCAUGAUGUAUUGUGGAAAUGCGGUGAAAUACUGGAGAUCACUGAAGACAAAUUGUUUGGACUGGCGCUGCGUCAACCAACGGAGGGAAUA